UAUGGUGCGAUAAAGUUAUUUUUCUGCGUUUGCAAAGGUAAACAAUGAACUUUUUCAAAAUAAAAGCAUUAAAACGUAGUUAAUCAAGAGGAAUAUAACACAAAAAUUUGCGAAUUUUAGGACUUUUCCGCUUCGUAAAAAGGUAUGAAACGGGAAAUUAGUAAACCAUUGUAAAUAUAGUAAUUUCGGCGGGACCACGGUCUAAGAAGGGGAGGUCUAGUCUGGACACUCCCCAACUAGGCCAGCAUGCAAAAGUGGCACACCUAAUGUCUACGUAGUUCCGCUCCACUCCACCAGCUGACCUGUAGCGCUGCUUGUUCUGGGGUGGUAUUUUAAGCUUUGUUGUUAUGAACAACUCAACAUAAUAAUCAUUUAAAUUUACAUUAAAUGUUAAAAAUACAUUAAUCUCCAGAUAUCAAUACAGUAUUAAAUUUGAUGUGUUUUUGUUUUAUAAGUUUGGGAAUUAUUUCAUAAAUGAGGUACUUAAAUUAGGUUACGUAGUAUUGUUUACACAUUAGCAUUGGCAGGAAGACGGGAACUUCAUUGUGAGUAAGGAGCAUUGAUUUUUAGUAAAGAGAAUAAGCGUGUAUUAUUGUAAUUGUGAAAAUGCCUAACCAUUGUGUUGCACCUGGAUGCAAAACAAAUUAUCAGGCAAAGUUGGACGAGAAAGUUGCGAUAUUCAGAGUUCCCAAUGAUGACAAUGUUAGGCAAUUGUGGCAGAAAGCAAUUCCACGAGACAAGUUUGUCCUUAAAAGAUCCCAUUAUGUAUGCGAAAAAUAUUUUGUGGAAGACGACAUUCUCACAAAAAAGGAUCACAAAGAUCAGUUCGGAAAGGUCAUUGGAAUAGUAAGUUAAAUUUUAUUAUAUUUGUAUGAAUGUAGUCUAAAGAAUACCUACUUAUUUUUGUAUAGGCCCGACUUUUUUAAAAAUGGAAUGUAUGAUGAAUUUUAUUAAUGACCAGCAAAACCCUGAUAAUACCCGUUUGUAAGUAGUUUGACAAUACACCAUUAUUUAUUAAAAUAUAAAAUUUGCAAAACGAGUGCGGUCUCUUCCUUAAAAAAAUAAUAAAAAUCCCAAAAUACUUUUAUUCAGUGCUCUAAACUUUCCUUUGUUAUUUCAAAAGUAGGAGAUACGAAAUUCCAACUAGUUUAGGAGUAAUCACCGUUUAUAAUUUACAUUACAGUACCUGACGAUGGCACUUAUUUGUGUAGUAAAUAAUGUAUUGUAAAUGCAGGUUUGGUAUUGUUAUUCAAAUACGUAAAUCAGCCAAGUUAUGUACUUCGAUUCACCCUUUAAAUUUAAAUGUUAAAAUAUAGUGUGAUUAUUAUUAUUCAAUGAAUUUUAAAACGUACGUUACAAAGAACGAUGUUUGUUUAUUAAGUAAAGUAUAAUUUGGAAAUUCGUCGUCCAAGUUUCAGGUUGGAACAGAAACAACGUAAGAAAGAAUUUUUUACAAAUUAGAAAUAGGUAUGUAUGUUUUUGUUUUUUAUUAUCGCGUAUUUUCACGUUUUUUUGUUAUCUUAAAAGAGAUAAUAUAAUAAAGCCGCUCUAAUGAUAUUUAAUUGUUUCUUGGUUAACAAAAACUGUUAAUUAUCAAAUAUUGUUAACUGUUAAUAUUCAAUUUAUUAUUAUUUACGCGACGUCAUACUGUACGCGUACACAAUUUGACUCGAUUCGUUGCUGUAACAUAACAGCAUGUUAUGCGGUAUCAGAAGUAACGAGUACCGUAAUGAUACGAAAGUAACGAGUACUAAUUGUUAUAGUAACGAAUACAUACAGGUACUCUUUUUCGUUACUUUUACACCUCUAGAUUUUAAACUAUCGUAUCGUAUAUGUAUUAUUUACCUCUUGUUUGUUUUUCAAGAGAAUUGACAAAUUCAUAAUAACGUCUAGUGAUAUAUUUCCACCGCAAGACACCUAGCGCUAGAGUUGAAUAGCGGAUGUCGAACGAACUAUGGAGACAGUAAGUAGUCACUUUUAUCUGGCGAGUGUCCAGACCUCCCCUUCUUAGACCGUGGGCGGGACCAAAAUUAAUCGGCGUAUGACACGGGAAAAUGUAUGAAACGGGAACGUAUCAUCGAGGUACUACUGUAGUUGUAUUUUGUAUGAUGGCGACUCAAAACUUAAUUCGAUACAAAUGAACAAGCAUUCCGGUAUCGAAAAAAUGUAUCGAACUUACAGUUUCAAUACUCGAUACUUUUCGAUACCGUCAAGUAUCUAAGGUAUCGAGGUAUCGAAGUAUCGAAAAUCCCAUCACUAAUUGAGAUCAAGUGGGUUUUUGUAGAUUUAUUUGCUAUGAAGUCACAAUUGUAUGGAAAGUAAAAAUUCAUUGCAACAUUUUAGAACCCUUGCCUACCCAUCUUCAAUAAGAACAUUUUGUUGUACGGGUAGGGAACUACAUAGUUAUAAGAAUUUGCGAGAGAUCAGCUGACUGUAUGGUCAGAAUGUGUUCCAGGUCAUUAUGACCCAGUUUAGUAAUAGCAAUACGAAUUUGCGUCUGUUAGUGUUUGAAAUUAUUUGUAAGGAUCCUCGUAAAGUAAAGCCGUUUUUAUUCAAUAAUUACUUAUUUUCUGUUUGCUGAUUAAGUUGGAAUCUAAAUAAACAUGAGUUCUCAGUCUGUUUGUUUACUCAAAUAUUGUUUCUGUCCAACAAUUUUUAUGUUUGGAUUCAUUUGUGGACAGCUGUCACUCUUACAGAUAGCUUUUUAAUUAGUUUGUUAUUAUUUUUAAGUGUUAAUCGGGUAUAAUGUUUUGUCAACAGUGAUGUCAUUAGAUAAGGCAAAACACGACACAGAACAGCGAUACUCAAUAAGGUAUCGUUCUUGGCAUCUAUUAAGGAACCACCCCUACACUCAAUUGGAGUAAUUUGCGAAACCACAGCGAACAGAAAUCAGGACGACUAGGACAGGAUCGGAACCCAAGUCCUAGAAUGAAAUUCUCCAGUACCUUAUCACCGCCCUACCUUGCUCCAUAAUUCAAAUUAACACUAAGAUAAUGGUUACUAACACAGUAAAAAAACUUCAAUAAGUUUUCUGAUUUAAGGGGAUUGGUGCACCAGCAUCGUAUUAAAAAAAACAAUAUAUUUGUUAAUGAUUCAGCUGCUAGAGAAGAUUUGAACCAUUCUAGUGUAAAAUUUAUUUUUUAUUUUUCUAUUUUAAUUAAGUUAUUGCUGAUUUUCGGGAAUUUUUUAAAUUCAAGCUUUACUAAAAUAACUAUAAAGAAUUCAGUGGUAAAACUUUUGCAGAUAAAUCUUCAGACACGGGAGAUAUGACUGUGACCAUUAUUUUAUCUGUAAUCAUUAUUUAUUUAACGUAUUUACAAUUUGAAUUUUAAUAAAUGAGCUGCUACGAAAUUGCGUGAUAUUCAUUUACAAAUUUAAUAAUAUUCGCGUUUUAUUUGUAAUUCAAACGCCUACAUAUCUGUCGGCUGAAUGAUUGACUUUAUUUUAGUCUUUGGCUUAUUGCAGUCGGACCUAAAGUAAAAACGUAGCUGUAGAAGUUUGAGCAGCGUGCAAGCUCGGAUACGAGGAAUUAUGAAGCGCGCUGGACAGUAGUGACACCUUGCGACAGUUUCCCAAACUUUUUGUAGCCAGUUCUUUCUCCCGUUCCCACCCUGCCUCAGCUGUCUGCUGUUUACGAAGGGGAGACGGGAUUUCGCGGGAAACUGAUAUGAAUGUCAACGUACUCAUUUUCAGUAGAUAAGAGAACGUGUUUGGUCUAGCUCGGCGUGUAAUUGGUAAUUCUCUGUUAUUAUUUAGCACAGUGAUUUAGCUAGAUGUUUUUUGUUGUAAGCGUGAGAUUUAUUCAGGAAUAAAAUGCCAAAGAAACCUCCACCAAGCAGAGUACACAAAAGAACAAAACUAUCGAAAGCCAUUAGAGCGCUUAGAAAAAAGAAUAAAGAAAGGUAAGAGAUUAUUUUAUUAUAGCUUUUUUUAUCAUACAUUUAUUUUUCAGAGUUGCGUAUGUACGACGCGAUGGACGCGAUGCGACAACAAAAAGAUGUGUUAAAGUGUAAACAUGUUUUUUUUCAGCAAUGCGUGAACCAUUCAUAAACUAUACUCAACAUGUAUACGUAUAAUUACGUUUGAAUUUUUUUUAUGACAGGCAUCAAUGUUAUUAAGCCACAUUAGACUUUUUUCAGAAAAAUAAGUGUAGCAGAAAACACUCAACAUAGUCUCACACAAAAUCAGUUUACAUGAAUGCAGUUUUAAGAAGUAAGCUACGUAAAUAAUAUUUAAACAUUAUUUAAUAUCUGCUGGUAACGUUUCCAAAGUAUCAGCUUUGCCUUCAUUCACGAACAAUAUUCGUGAGCUUAUUUAUUUAUUUUGCUGGCGUUUCGUUGGCAACUGUUAGGACUGGAAAAUUAGUAAACAUUUUUCACCCUAUCCUAAGUUAAAUCUAAGUGUGCGCGGUUAGAUGAGGACAUAGAUGUGUCUCAGGCUUACGCCUUUACACUCUACUCAUGCGGGGUAUUAACCAUGCGCGUAAGGGCGCGUUGCCAAUGACCUGUAGGAUAGUCUCAACAAUCCUCUACGGACUCGAAAAAUGUCACCUGCUCAUUGGCUACUUGACUUGUGACAACGGUUUGUUGUAAUACCUGUGAUUCAUUGUUAGAGACCUGCAAAAUUCGCGGAUUCAUUUCGUGAUAUGCUACAAUUCAAAUAAUUAUACCUUAGCGCUGCUUCUACCACUGGUUCACUGUUAAUCUGGAGUAAUGACGGCCAAUUAGAGACCCUCGCUCAAAGAAGUGUCGAAUCACAGACACUCAGUCGAGACGACUCACAAGUCAGCAGCCAAUGAACAGGUGGCAUUUGCCCGAGUGUGUAGAGUGUAGUAGAGUCUAUCCUGGAGGUCAUAAUUUUGCAGGUCUCUAUUCAUUGUUGAUUUUGUUGAGGAGUUUUCAGUGAUUCAGAGCCCCCCAUUUAACUGUGGCCGAAUUGAAGAAACAGUACAAAUGUUACAUGCUUGAAUUCAUAGCGAAUCGAAACCACAAAUAUUUACUGAUGUAGUGGUUGGUAAAAAAAAUAUUAUUCGUAUCGCGUCCAUUGCUUCGCGCCAUGUUAGCUCCUAUAAUAUAUGGAUUUACAAAAUAUAACGAUUCAUUUACGACACUUUAGAUAAGGUGUGUAGGAUUUUAAGAAUUCACUUGAAUUAAUAUUUAAGAACAUAUUUCAGGAUAACUUGUGAAGAAUCUCGUACAGACGGCACCGGUUGUGAUGACUCAUUGUUACCAGAGCAGGGGCCAUCUCGUGUACACGAAGUGACAUGUGAAACCUCAACACAACUCGAAACUCAGUAAGUGUUACAUUGAAAUGUUUCCGCUACAAAUGUUCAGAAAUUAUAAUUUUGAAAUCGAGUAGAAAUAUUCCUGCAAUUAGCAUUAGGUAUAUUUUAAUAGACAUUGAAAGCUAAUCAUUAAGUAGCUUCAAAAUCCAAAUACCAGAAGCUAAAAAGGUUUUAUCUUGAAUGCGUACUGCCUGAAAUAGCUGAUCCCAGGCAUGUCAGAAUGCUGCGAGUGGCGAUACGUCAUUGGUAAAUGCCAGGGUGGUGCGUGAUUGUACAUUUUAUUUUGUAAUUUUUUAUGAAAAGGUAGGGUAUUACAUAAAUUUAAUGUAACUGCAUUUUGAUAUCACCUCAUACUGUGUUUAUUACUUUGCAGUGAGUACGAGUCUGGAGAAGAAACAAUUCCAGAUAGUGAUGAAUGGUUGCCACAACUAACAGUUACAACAGAACCCGCGGUUGUUGAAAUCACUGGUCGACGAAUAGUAAAUAUUAGUCACUUACUAAAACAACUAACAGAGCUGGCAAAACAUGGCAAUGUUUGCACUCAGGGACAAUACAAGAUUACUUCAGAAAGGAGGGUUGGCGUGAUGAGUUACUUAUAUUACGAGUGUAUAAUGUGUGAGAAAACUGUGACUGUAACAACAGAAGAAGAUACGAGAAAAGAAGAAGUCAACGACGCUUUCGUGUGGGGUGCAUUGUCAGUUGGAAUUGGCCAUUAUCAAAGUCAAGAGAUGAUGGCCAUCUUGGACGUUCCCAUCAUGGAUAAGCGAAAAUGGCAAAGACAUGAAAUUCGUAUUGAAGAGGUCUGGGAAGAAAAACUGGAGACAUACAUGCAAAAAAAUGGAACAGUAGAGAGAAAGAAGGCCUUGGAAAGAGGCCACGUAGACAACGAUGGCGUUCCGUACAUCUCUGUUUAUGUAGACGGUGCAUGGUGUAUGCGAACAUACGGACAUGCUUUCAACGCAGCAUCAGGGGUUGUAAGUAUUUUUAAGAAGUACUGCACCUAAUGUUAGCACUAAUUUGGCUCCAGGAUUUGAGUGGAUGGGAAUGUUGCCGAACACAACUCUAGAUCGUACAAUUAUUUUGUAAAUUCUUCGUUUUGAUUUAUUUCAAAAUAUUUCAUACAUACCAUUUUACAAAAUAUGUCUACGUAUUUUUUUUGAGUUAUUUUAAUUCAAGUUAUAUUUUUGGAAUCACUUUAUCCUGACAUAAAACUAGAAAAUUUUGAGCUUUUGUAGUAAUUAAAGACAUAAGCCGAAGACAAGGAGUUAAAUACAUAGACUUCAUACAAUUAACUUUAUUUGAUUUUACAUGGGUUCAGGAAUGUUUAGUAAGUAAUGUUGUGACGUGAUAUAAUUGCUUUUGAAAUUUUCUUCAAGUGGAUCAUUGGAAAUCACCUGUAGGUAUAGACAUUGCAAGUAGAAAAUUGCAGUAUAUAAAUAUGUACAGGUUAAUAAAAGUGUUUUUAUUUAACAGUCGAAACUAAACUAUCUUCUGUGCUUUAGUACGCGUGCGUGAUAAAUAUAGAGAUUCUUCAUUCAACAGUUUUCGUGUGGUAUAGUUGCAAUAUCUAAAAAUUUAUUGUAGAAUCAUUAUAGGGCUAUGUGUAAUCGAGAAGGUUUAUGUUAUUUACAACAGUGCUCAAUUACUUCAAAAUUCAUGACAAAAAGCCCAUUAGUUUUAAAAUGUAAUUAAAUAUGCAACAAAUGCUUGAAAUGUAGUUACAUAUGCAACAAAAGUGUGCUAUUCACCCAUAGUGUCCAAAGCACAUAACAUGGUUAGUGAAUGUUUGUAAACGAUGUAAAUUUAAAAUUAGUUUAUCUUUCUAGUUUAUUUAUUAGCAAAGUAUCGUAUAUCAAUGGUAAUUGUUUGUAUAAAGUGUUGACAUGUAGUCUUGUGACAAAUCAUACACAGAAAAAACUUUAUUUUUAUUAAGAAUCUCAAUCAGAGAUAGUGAUGUAUAACAAAACUUUGCACACAAAAAUAUUAAAUUCAAUUCCUUAUUACGUUUAUAGUUGGGAAAAAAAUAUUUAUUUGACGCGACAAUCACACCGCUAAUUUGUAAUUAUUAAUAUCUUUUUUGACAAAAUUAUUUCUACCAUUAACAUAUUUUUUCUUGGGAUUGCUCAGUUCUCUGGAACAUAUGACUAUGCCUUCUAAGAUUACAUUUGACAGCUAAUUACAACGCAGUAUUUUAAUAUGUUAUUUUUAACAAAACAUUUAACUAAAUAUAGUUACAUAUUCAAAUAUGUUUGUUUUGAAUUUUAAGAAUAUAUGGGUUUUUGUGCAACAGCCGACCAAUCAGGAGGCAGCUUUCAAGUAAUAGACUUAAUUAUAAAAAUUUUAAUUUAUUGUUCUUCUGAGACUCUCAGCCAUGUAAUGAAAAAUUAGUGUGUUUGUAUAAAGAAAAAUCAGUGAAUAGUAGGUAUUAGUAAUGUUUAGCAUCCAUCCUAUUUAUGGAGGAUUUUCUGACCUAUAAAGCCUAGGUCAAUUCCACAAGUAAUUGUGUAUUAUGAGUGAAAUGACAUCGAUAUAAAAUACGCAAUAAGUGUUGGCUUUUACUGAAAUAGUAAUUACUACGUAAACCUUCACUGCAAUACAUUUAUUGUGUUAAACAGUAAUAGCACGAACACCUACGUAUUGUUUACAUUAAUUGAAGUGCAGUAAUCUGUGUUCAUAGACUUUAAACUUUGGCAUGGAUGCUACGUAAUGACUUAAUGAGGAAAAAACUUAAUUUUGACUGUUUAGUUUGGAUUUCCUCCCAAGUAGUUCAGGGAUCAGGGCUCUUGUGACACGCUAAGUCUAACUAGACGGACAUAUAUGAAUAAAUACCUACAUCAAAUUUGAAAGCAUUCUCCAUAGUGCAACAAAUAUUUGUAUCACACGUAGGACACGUAAUGUUACAGAUCCGUGUAGGUUCUUAACUAAGGAAAGUUUGACCACCAACUAGGUAUAGUAUCAAUUGGGCCAGACGUAAUUUUCAAGGCCGAUACCAAGAACCUGGUAGUACAUCUAACAUUUAAUUUCUAAUAAGUAAUAAAGAAUUAUAAUUGUAUUGUCUAUGUUUUCCUAUUGCUUAAUGUAAAUUCAGUAGGUCCAAUAAUAUUUUUCAACGCCAUAUAUGUACAACUUGACAAUUGUCAUAUUUAAAUAACGUAUACAAUCACCUUUGUUUACAGAAGUUGCGUUCUCAUUAUCUCAGUGAAGAGUGACGUUCUGUUCUUUUCCCCCAUAAUGCUUGUAAGAAGAUAAUUGCUGCAUUUCUAAACAAAGCUAAAACAUUGAAUUUUACCCCGUUAGAUAACCAACACUACAUGUUAAUUUUGUAGCUUCACUCCAUUCAAACAAAUAUAAAUCUAUUUAUACAUUCACAAAUAACAUAAUCAAUAUCCGUCACGUUUGGUUCCAGUGGAACUUGAAAGCUUUAGAUUUUGUGUGUGUGUAUAUACAAUAUUAUUUUUUCAUGUCUUUACCAAAAAAUAAUAAUUUUUCAAACACAAAAUAAGUGUUAUUUGACAUAAAUAUUUCUGUCAAAUAUUGUAUUGUAUAUUGACAUUUUUUAACAUUUCAAUGUUUUAACUAUCAUAUUGGCAGCUAGUUAUUUAUGCCUGUGUUAAAAUAUAUAUUGUAGUAUGGGAGAAGGUUGCGUUUACGAAGUAAACAGUUCAUAUAAUUGUAACUAAGUGAUUUAAUAUUUUAUUAAAUCAUCGGUUAUUCUUUUCAAUUUCAGGCAUGCAUAAUCGGAGUUGAAACCAAUGGAUUGCUAUUCAUUGGAAUAAAAAAUAAAUAUUGCUACGUAUGUAAUCAGACUAAACCAGGAGAAGAAAGUAAACAACAUUUGUGUUAUAAGAACUUCUCUGGUGCUUCUACUGCGAUGGAACAGGAAAUUUUAGUGCAAGGAUUUUGUGAGUGUGAAAAUAUGCAUGGGUUACGAUAUAAAUUCAUAGUAGGAGAUGGUGAUUCCAGUACCUACGUAAAAAUUCAACAAAACGUAAGCUACGGGAGGCAUGUUGUGAAAAUGGAAUGUGCAAAUCACGCUGUAAAAAACUACACAGGAAAACUGCAUAAAAUUGCAAAGGAUACAGUUCAUCCUAUAUCGGGACGAAAGUGUCUGUCUCAAUUAAUUCCACGCCUUACACGAGCAGCGAGAUCAGCAAUUUCAAGUGCUGGUCGCAGCAACAGCAACAGUGAAAUACUUCGUGCAGAUCUCAGAAAUGGACCUCACCACGUGUUUGGGGACCACAGUAACUGUCGCGAUACUUACUGUAGCCGUAAGGAUUACAAUGAGGAAGAUAAAGUGGCCUUGCUAUUGCCAACUACUUUAUGGCCGGCUCUUCAGAUGGCACUAGAUCCAUUGGUACAAAAAGCUGAUAGAUUAGUUGGAAACUACACCACAAAUCAAGCAGAACGCUUCAUGAGCCUUGUAUCAAAGUUCUCUGGUGGUAAACGUACAGACGUAGGCAAGAAGGGACGUUACAAACGGUGUUGUUUGGCGUCAGGCUUGUCUCACGUUAAAGGGCCACAUUGGCAUGCUUCACCACUAAAAAAAAUGUUUGGUCGAAGCCCAGGAGCUAUAUGUAAAAAAGUGUUCAAUACACGAGCUAGAGCUUCAGAAAGGGGCAUAAAGAGAAAAUCAGCACGUCAGAGUUUAUUUAAAGACGAGCCUCCCAGAAAACAAAAACGUCUAUCUGCCGGAGCAGAUUGUAACUAUGGUCCUCAGGCAGCUCAACCUGACAUAGAACCAGGAGAAAUGGAGAGUAGGAAAAGAGCUGUUCUUGAUAGGCUUGAAAACGAAGCAGGUACUCCUGAACUGUGCUCCGUAUUGGAGAAAAAAACGGUGGGUCAACAUGGCAACAUCGCGUGGAGAGAAGCGAGGCUUGAUCGUCUCACUGCAUCACUUUUUAUGAAAGUGUGUAAAAUGCGUGAUGACACAUCGUGUCAUAACAACGUUGUAGCUGUUGUAAAUCCCCGGGAAAUUAACACGGAUGCUGUGAAAUAUGGAAGGAUUAAUGAGCCAACUGCCAUUAAAAUUUACGAAAGUAAGUUUGGUGACAGAGUAGUGCCAUGCGGGCUGUUUGUUGAUCCUGAGCACCCAUAUCUUGGAGCUAGCCCUGAUGGUAUUAUAAGUUCAGAUAGAAUUAUUGAAAUAAAAUGUCUUCCUUCUCUUAACCAGCUUAAACUAAAAAAUCCCUCAGUAACCACUAUCCGGGAUGCAUGUAAGAUCAAAAAGAUGGCAGUACACUUAAACAGCAAAGGAGAAAUCAUUUUGGACAAGAAAAGUUCGAAUUACUAUCAGCUGCAGGGGCAACUCAACAUUUGUAGAGUAAGGUACGCUACUCUUGUUUUGUUUUGUGAUUUCGACACAGAAUUUAUUUCUGUGGAACGAGAUGUAAAUUUUUGGUCAAACGAAAUGCUUCCGAAGCUAAAAAGGUUUUAUCUUGAAUGCGUACUGCCUGAAAUAGCUGAUCCCAGGCACAGCCGUGGUCUGAGGUGCAGAGAUCCAGAUUACAUCAGAGAAGCACAAGAAAGAAAGAAAAUUACCAAGGGAAAAAAUUCAGCAUCAACUAGAGAUUGCAAUACGACGUUGCUGCCUUAAUGUAAUGGUGUAAGAUAUCUCCGUGCAUACUAUUAUUGAUUUGUAUGUUGUUCCAAUAAAUCUAGUGAAGGGCACUUUCACACGAUUAAACAUUGGUUGAAAUAACAUUCAAUUUGUAUAAAAGUCUUUUGUUUUCAUGUUUUCAUGCGGCGCAAAAUAAUUUUUAAAGCUUAUUUUUUCGUGCUCUUUCUGUGUCUAUUUUAUCAUAAUACAUUUUCAGGGUUAUUGGUAAUGUAUAAUUGACCAUAUUUUUAUUCAGCCUCUGUUUGUAAUGAUUUGGGUAUUAUUAAGUUACAGUGUUGUUUCCUAGACAUGUUUAUUUUGUGGUGAAGUAUAGACAUGUGAACAUUGGUAUUUCAUUGUACGUAAACUGUUUGGUUAAAUAUUUUAGAACAAUGUUUUGUAACUCUUAAUUAUACUCAUUCAUGAACUUCAACAAACAAUUUUAAUUUUACAAUUUUGUUUGUUAUUUGUAAAAUAAAUUGUUAAAUUUGAUGGUGUUGUAAUAUUAUAAAAGAUUGGGAACUGUUUAUUUUAGGGCGAUUAUAUUAAUAAAAUUUCUUUUAAAAACACACAUGUUACAUCUCUGUAAAAAUUAAAAUAGCUUUUUGUUUAACAGUGGUUUUGGAAACCUAAUUUCAGAUUUAACUCUACAAUAAUACGUUGAAGUAUAUUUCGAAGAGUCUACCUAUUGCAGUGACCAUGGUAUGCCUUACGGUAAAUGUAUGCACAGUUUUUCGUUUCAUGGUGGCUGUAACCCAAAAUCAUAGUCAACAAAAACGUUUAUAUGUAUAUAAACUUUUAUGUUGCCUAUACAUAUAACGUCAACGGAUAAUAUAGCUGCUGUAAUUAAUACGUCGUUUAGUAUAUACAGUAUAAAAUCUAUAUUCCAAGUUAUUUUAAUUUAUUAUUUAACACUUUUGUCUAAAUUAUUUUUGAUACGACUGUUGCAGCACGAUGUUAGGGGGGAACAAUCAUUAAUCCGUUAGUAGAAUUGCUAUAAAAUCAAAGUGGUUUUAACCAUUCUAAAUAUUAUGUAAAAUGUUUGGCUGACUAAAUUUUUGAUACCAAUCAUUGCUGCAAAGGGUGAAAAAUAGGGUUUAAGGGACAACAAACAUGUAUGCUCUUAGUGCGUAUAGUGUUAAAACCCUUUAUUAUUAUUUAAAACUUUCCAAAUAUUAUCUAAAACUUUCUAAAUAUCAUCCAAAAAUUGUGAUACGACAAACAAAAACUCAUUGCCAGGGGCGGAUCCAGAGAUGAGUUUUUAGGGAGGAGGAAUCGGUCUUGAGAUUUGGGGGAAGAGGAUCUUGUGUUGACUUCAAUGAAAGGUUUUUGGUAACUAAAGUAGGGUACCUCGGACACUACAGUUGCCAAGCAUUUACCAACUUCAUAUUGAAAAA